GUCCGUCAGGUUGGCAACAUACAACGAUAUUCGGUGCAGUGUGUUUUGGUCAUUAAUAUGUUUAAUGAAAAAAUCUUUAUCUUCCUUUGGUUUUGGUACUUCUUUCUUGUCCUUUGCACUAUUCUAUCAUUCCUCUAUUGGCUUACCGUUCUGACUGUCCCAAUGGUUGAAAUCCAUGCCGGGAUAAUAUUCGGAACCGAUCUUGUGGUAUCGCUUUGGAACGCUUUUUAUGAAAUCGAAGAAAAGGUAAUUAUCGUUGAUACUGCCCCAGCAGGCAGCUAA